AUGAUUUUUGCGCCUGGAGUUUACUUCGAUCCGGUCAAGCUUGAGGUGCUUAUGCCGGGAAACUAUUCGUGCACGCGUCUGCGAUUGACGCCGUUUUUAUUGUGGAAUGAUUUAGACCUGAAAUGUGUUACGCAAACGGAUGUCUUGGCGGUCUUUCUGACAGACCUCCGCACCCCGGACGAUGUUCGUCUCUCUAUUCAAGCUCUGAAGGACACUCCUCUUCCUGCGGCUGCGACCGCCUCAAGUCAAGUUGUUCCCGCUCAACUCUAA